AUGAAGGAGUUGGACAUAAAUAUCGAAGGAUAUAAUGUAAACGGUAUAUGUGUUGGCUGUCUCAACUACGACAGAAAAAUGUUUUACAGAAAUGAAGUGAAAGAAGCGUUUAAAAUUAUCGGUGAAAUCGAAGUGCCAGAUGGUCUCUCCAUACAAGUUUGCUGGGAAUGCCUAGCGGCUGUACAAAAUUUAAUGAAAUUCCGACAGAGAGUUCUUAACUCUUAUGAUGUCCUUAUUAAAUAUUCACGUGAUUAUCCUUUCCUAAAUUCUCCACAUGAUUUAUCACAACAUGCAACAACUAAAUUGGGCACACAUGUGAAUAAUCAUGAAGUGACCUAUGAGGAACAAGUCGUUGAGUUCACCAUUAAAGAAGAAGUUGUUAAGGAAGAGGAUUGUGAUGGAAUAAAUAUUGAUGUAAAGGAUGAAUCCUAUGAUAUGCGAGACACCUUUGACACACAGUCAUCAGAAGAUGACACAUUUUUGGUAGAAUUAAAGAAAGAAGGGACAGAUAAAAAGAGAAAGAGAGAAAAAAAGAAGAAAAAAGAGAAGAUUAAAUCACCUGUGUUAAAAAACCGUUUAAAAAACCUCCCACAAGAAAUAGUCGAAUUAUACACAAUGGAUGAACAGGAAAUGUGGUCAGUUAGAUCGCAAGAUGUCGCCAGUGAAGAGUUUGCUAAAGUCAAACACAAAUGUGAGGAUUGUGUGAGAAUAUUUGCAACACAGAAGUUGAUGGAUUAUCAUAUAGCUGGAAAACACUCACCGAAAGACAAAACCUCAAUACAAUGUGAUGUAUGCAAAGCAUAUUUUAUUAAUAAGGAAAAUAUAUCAGUUCAUCGGAAUCAACAUUUCAGUGCUUACAAAUGUCAAAUAUGCGGUCUAGUUACAACAUUAAAAGGAGUUAUGUCGAGACAUGAUUGUGCAAAACCGUCAGUCGGAUAUGUCUGCUCCAUAUGUAAUAAAGAUUUUAGUACAAAGUCAAAACUGGUUUAUCAUAGAAGCAUCUGCAAUGAAGAGAGACCUCAAUGUGAUUGCUGUGGAAAGGUGUUUGCUAAUAAGAUCACACUUAAAUCUCAUCUUAAGGCGAUGUCAGGAUCUCCAACAACGAAGAAACCGACUAAAAGUAUGCUCAUACCAUGUAAAGGGUGUGAUAAAGUUUUCUAUUCAGGGAAGAGCUACAGGGCGCAUGUCGUAAUCCACGACGGACUGAACUACCCGUGCCCCAUAUGUGGUAAGCUGUUUCUAUGGAAGCGGAAUCUCGCAAGGCACACCCGGAAUCACCGGGAAAAAGAAUCGGGGACCAUGCACCAAUGUAGGGAUUGUGGGAAAACAUUUUCCAGUCGGGAUUGUUAUAAUAAUCAUAUGAAACUCAGCAAGAAACAUGUCCACGAAAGUGCUUUAAGCCACGCGUGCCAGUACUGCAACAAGCGAUUUGCAGCGAAAUGGUGUAUGGUGGAUCACAUCGACUGGGAACAUCUCAAGCGCAUUAAAUAUAGAUGUCAAGUGUGCUAUAAGCCUUUCAAAACUGCUAAGAUAAUGAUGGCUCAUAUGAAUAAUAUACAUGAGGGUAGAAACAAAAUGGAGCCAGAGAGUGAGCAUUUGUGUGAGAUCUGCGGGAAAUCUUAUAAGACUGUGAAACGGCUGAAGGGCCACGUAUGGGCCAUGCACACGAACCGCACGGACACGAAAAGCUUUAAGUGCUCCUUCUGCCCCGCCACCUUCGCCUGGCAGACCUCCAUUUAUAAGCACAUGCGCAUGAUGCACGACAAUAAGCGAAAACAAUCACGCGCGCUCCCAAAGAAGCAAGAUUCGUAUGAAGUGGAAAUCGCGAAUCGCAUGCAAUAUUUCCCGCAGAACAUCAAUAUAGGGCAGAUACAACCAAUUAAUAUUGUGCAGAAUAUAUAA